ACUCAGUUCAGUUGCUGCACUUGACGCGUCUGGUUCUGUUUUUCCCCUUUGCGGAUCGAAGAAAAUAGAGUCGAAGAAGAAGGCCAAGUCCAAGUCCAAGAACCGAGACGACCAGAAGAAGCGAUCGAGCGGAGAUGGAUUAUCGCCUAGUGCUGAAAAUUCUCAGCUUUCUGCUGUUGGCCCAAUUGAGUUUCGGCCAGCCGCAGCAGCAGCAGUCGCCAUCGGACUACGGCGAGGAGCAGCCACCGGAGGGCUACUACGCCUUCGUGGAGUCCCCCAAUGCGGUGCCGCCGAAGGUCAGACUGCCACCCUACACCUUUGUGAAUGCGGAGUGCAAGGAUGUGGCUGCCGGCAAGAAAUCCGCCGUGUCCGUGCACAAUAUCUGCGGGGAUCUGAACAAGGGUCAGAUACCUAAGAAUCCGCUGGGACAGAAUGUGCUCGGAGAGCCCUAUCCCUUUGAGCUGAUUCGCAACCAGACGCUAAAGUUCCUUUCGAAGACCCUACCCGUGCUAAAGGCCGACGACACCCUGCCCAAGGUCACCCAAAUUAUCCGCGAUGAGCCCGUGGAGCAGCUGGACAGCAAUAACAUUGACAGGCCAUAUCCCGCCGGAGGUUCCACAACCCGCAUCCGACGCAGUCUGCCCGAGGGAGUGGAGUCCAACGAGUACAGCUACUUUGAUCCCGCCCUGGACGAGGAGGAGCAGCAUCAGCACCGCGAACGAGAUCACCAGCAGCGCAGAGCCGCCGAGGAGAGGAAGCCACGAAAGUUCUGUGAUGGCGGUGGAGUAUUCUGCACCUUGUACAGGGCCAUCCAGGGCGACACCGGAGGAGCUGCACCUGCCACGCCCACAGCGGAGCGACGCGAGGAGGUGGGCCCCAUCCGGUACGAGGGUCCGCCCACUCCCUGCCCCGCCAAGGUGGAGUACGCCACGCCCGUCUUUGCCAAGAACUACCAGGGCGCCUGGCGCUACGUGGUCCAGAUUCCCUACGAGGGCUACUUCACCCAGACGGUGGAGGUGACGCGCUGCAUCCAGGCUCGCUGUCACUACCUGGACGGCGGCUGCCUGUCCUCGCCUCGCUGGGUGAGCCUACUGGUCGCGGAGAUCUUCUACCCGAACGCAGAGGACACGGUGCCCACCAGCUCGACCACCACGCAGGCGCCCUCGGUUCAGGACUUCCAGGCCUACCAGCAGUAUCUGCAGAAGCGAGCCGGCGUGGCCACCGCCUCGGACGGCACAUCUUCCGGAGCAUCCGGCUCCGCGGCGCCCUCGGAUGCCCACUGCGAUGGACACGACGAGCUGGGCUGCUUCCAGGUGCGACUCUACUACGACUGGUUCCUCAUCCCCGGCUCCUGCAAGUGCUGGCGUCCGGACUACUUUGCCAAGUACGUGCGACGGAAGUCGGUGGCCGACUUGUGAGCACUGUGAAAGCUGGACAGGAUUCCUCACGUCGAGAUCCUUGGAAUACGUUUAAGCCCUAGUACUUAAUAGAAUACAACUUUGAGGUGAACGGCUCAUUCUAGUGAUCCAUUCCAGCUCCAUUGGAUCACGCAGAGUUUGCAGUUCAGAUACAUCUACCAGAUACAUUAUUAACCUAGGCGAUUAGCUCCCUCUUUCGACUGAUUAAGCCAAGCGCAUUGCAUUUCUACUAAUAAAUAUGUUUCUACCUAAA